AUGACAGGUCCAGGUCAGGAUUCACAGAGACUGUCUGUGAAAACAUGGACGGAGGAGGAGAGCGACCGAGCAGACAGCACACCGAGCAGAGCUCAGUCGAUGUGUGACGAUACGUCGUCAGAGCUUCAGAGAAUGGCGGCCAAUGACAGAAGAGAUAACUCCCAGACUUCUCUCCGUGGGCGUGGUGCUCUGUCCAGGAUCGUCAACAUGGUGAUGACACUCAGAGAGUGGGCUCAGAAGAGUCUGACAGAGGAGACGGAGCGGCCCGAUUCCUUCUUGGAGCGUUUCAGAGGCCCCACCAACCUGGACCAACAAGCCCCGCCCAGCAGGUUCAGCCAUACCGGCUCUGAUGUGGAUCACGAAAUCAGACGCUCCAGACGCAAGAGGAGGAAGUUUAACCUGGUGGUCUUGUCUCCUUCUGAUGACGCGUACUACCAUUGGCUGAUGGGGAUCGGAGCGGCGGUCUUCUAUAACUGGACCCUCCUUGUUGUCAGGGCCUGUUUUGAUGAGCUCCAGAUGGGUAGUGUGUUGGUGUGGAUGGUUCUGGACUACCUCUGUGAUGGAGUCUAUAUUCUGGAUAUAGCCGUUCGUCUUCACACAGGUUUCUUGGAUCAAGGCUUGAUGGUGAAGGACGUGCGUCGUCUCAGAGAAACCUACGUCAGAACCUGGCAGUCUAAGCUCGACAUCUGCUCCAUCCUUCCCACCGACCUCCUCUACCUGUCCGUGGGAAUCAGCUACACUCCCCUCCUAAGAUUUAACCGCCUGCUCCGCCUGCCUCGCCUCUUUGAGCUCUUUGAACGCACCGAGACACGGACGAGCUACCCCAAUGCUUUCCGCAUCUGUAAACUGGUUCUCUACAUCCUGGUCAUCAUCCACUGGAACGCCUGUGUCUACUACAGCUUCUCCAAGGUCCUGGGACUAGGCUCAGACUCCUGGGUCUAUCCCAAUGCCUCAGACCCUGAGUUUGGCUCUCUGACCAGGAGCUACAUCUACUGUCUGUACUGGUCCACCCUGACCCUGACCACCAUUGGAGAGACCCCUCCUCCAGUCAGAGAUGAGGAAUAUUUGUUCCUUAUCUUUGACUUCCUGGUUGGGGUUCUGAUUUUUGCCUCCAUCGUGGGAAACGUCGGCUCCAUGAUCUCCAACAUGAACGCCACCAGAGCGGCUUUUCAGAGCCGAGUAGACACCCUGAAACACUACAUGCACUUCAGACAUGUCAGCAAGGGGCUGGAGCAGCGCGUCAUCCGCUGGUUUGACUACCUCUGGACCAAUCAGAAGACCAUCGAUGAGCAGGAAGUGCUGAGGAGUCUGCCCAAUAAACUGAGAGCAGAGAUUGCCAUCAACGUUCACCUGGACACUCUAAAGAAGGUACGUAUUUUCCAGGACUGUGAGGCGGGCCUUCUGGUGGAGUUAGUGUUAAAGCUUCGACCACAGGUCUUCAGUCCUGGAGAUUACAUCUGCAGAAAGGGAGAUGUGGGUAAAGAGAUGUACAUCAUCAAAGAUGGGAAGCUGGCCGUGGUGGGGGAGGAUGGAGUCACCCAGUUUGCUGUUCUGACUUCGGGCAGCUGUUUCGGAGAGAUCAGCAUCCUGAACAUCAGUGGCAGCAAGAUGGGGAACCGACGCACGGCCAACAUCCGCAGCCUGGGGUACUCGGACCUCUUCUGCCUGUCCAAACAAGACCUGAUGGAGGCGCUGCAGGAGUUUCCCCACGCCAGGGCCCAGCUAGAGCAGAGGGGGCGGGACAUCCUGCAGAAGGAGGGGCUUCUGGAGGAAAUAAACGUGUCUGCGGGGGAGGAGCUGGAGGAGAAGGUGGAGAGGCUGGAGACCAGUCUGGACCGGCUACAGACUUCUCUGGCCCGUCUUCAGAGUGAGUUUAACUCCUCCCAGCUCCGUCUGAAACAGCGAAUCACAACGCUGGAACACAACACCUCCACUGCUGUGACAGGAAGUGGUUUCCUGUCAGAUGCUGACGGCAACGAGAGCGUUUCUGGAGGAGACGGCAUUCGCAGUGAAAUCAACAUCCGCCUCUGA